CGCGCAGGCGCGGGCCCCGACACUUCCGAGAGGUCACAUCCUCCCCCCGUCUCCUAGCAACGGCUGGAAGCGUUGCUGACUUCCCGGACGGCAGUGGUGCGGGACUGAAUCGAGUCUAGCCGUCCGCACGAUGGCGGAGGUGGAGGAAACCCUAAAGAGGAUCCAGAGCCAUAAAGGGGUUAUUGGAACUAUGGUCGUAAAUGCAGAAGGCAUUCCUAUCCGAACAACGUUGGACAACUCGACGACAGUUCAAUAUGCAGGUCUUCUUCACCAGCUGACGAUGAAAGCCAGGAGCACCGUCCGUGACAUUGAUCCUCAGAACGACCUCACUUUUCUUAGGAUCAGAUCAAAGAAACACGAAAUCAUGGUAGCCCCAGAUAAGGAAUAUCUUUUGAUUGUCAUUCAGAAUCCGUGCGAAUAGCCCUGCUGUGGCCCAGCCUGUCCUGUGACCCCAGACUAAAAAUGCUUUACUCUUUAUUACUAAGAUUAUAUUCCAAUCUGACUGACCUUUUGGACAUUGUUUUCUGUUUUUACUUUUAAGCUACUGUGCACGUCUCAUUUAGUCCCUUUCAAAUGUAUUGUAAAGUUGUGAUUUAGCUAUGUAAUAAAUGAAUUCUGGUA